UUCAUGUCUAAGACACGUCAAGGUACUCUUUCGAAGUUUACCUCUGACACAAACAGUGAGUUCAACACUAAGAAGAUAAAUAAGAUUGACCCGAUACAGAUUGCCUUUGUACAGGAGUUAAAAAGGUUCAUUGGUUAUGUUGAUAGAAUAUCAAAGGAAGCUGAGCUUUAUUUUAUCUCAGCCGGUGGUCCAGUAGAUGAACCCAGUUCCAAUGAUGAGAGCCCUGCUAGGCUUUCAAACACACUGUUUAGCCUCUGGAAUAGCUACAGCCUCAAGCUUCCAAAAGAUUACUUCUUGACCCAACUCAUUAACACAGGAGAUUAUCUCCUCAAGGUGAAAGAAUACAAUGUGGCAAAGCAGCACUGUUAUGAUUAUUACCUGCGUCUGCUGAGAGAUAGUGCAGUCACAGAUGAUUAUUCAUCUAUAUAUUUUCCUACCGGAUUUCAAGAUGAGCAGAGAGUCAAAGAAACAAGUCAGGCUAUUUUUGGAAAUGGAUUAUGUACAUUAAAGAAUUUGGAAAUAAUAGACCCUCACAUGAAUGCAGAGAAGACAGUGGCUGAUCUUCUGGAGGUUCUGGAUGACUUUAGGAAGCUUACCCAGCACCUCAUCCCUCAUGAGCGACAUUGUUGGCUAGUUUUCAAUGGAACUGUUCACAUCUACAAAAUCAGUCAAUGGCUUGUGGACUGUGGCUACACUGCUAAAACUCUCCAGUAUCUAGUUUGGUGCUGUGUCUGCAUGGAGAGUGUCAUUCCUCUGAUGACUCUCAAAUUUCUGUCUUGGAGAGGUUCCUUGUACUCUGCUGUGUGCCAAAGCUAUGUAGAUUUAAAUCAACCACAUGCUGCUGAAGUCUUUGCCAGACGAUGCCUUCAAAAAGUUCAUCAACUGGCAAAAAUUGAAGAGCAAAGCAUGUCAGAACCCACUCCGGAAUCCGAAGCUAUUUUUCGAGAGGUCACAGUUAAACUCUCUGCAAUAAUCUUCAAAAGAGUUGUAUUUGAAUCAAGGCGCCCAAAGAAGAUCAUACACCGGCCAAAAACAAGACAGAACCUGAAAGAGCUGCAGUUGUUACCAUUUCCUCGAACCGCUUCUGAAAAGCUGGUCAUGGAUAUGUUUGAAGGUAGUUCUUCACAGUUUCUAGCUAUUCUAGAGGCUUUGUCAGACCCGUGUAGGAGAACGUGUAUGUAUACUCCCCCAAAACUCGACACCACCGAGGGGGGAGAUGCUCUUAUGGAUGUAUGGGGUGAACUUAUACUCGCCGGGUACGAGUUGAUCUCCCGUUGCGAAUCCUUUCCACGAACAAGCCUAGUCCAGCUAGCUAGAGUAGGAAGUAACGAACUGUCUAUGAGUGCAGUGUUAAAGUACAUCAGGCUGGCUUUCAAUUACGAGUACUGGGAUUAUUAUACCUUGGCUGUUUCUCAUCUCGUCCCAUUAAUUGAGGCGGUGGAAGAAGAAACAGUUGACCAUCUUUUCACUAAGGAGACAAUCAUGCUGCUAGAUGCAAUGAAAAGUGUUUCAAAUGUGUUGAGGAAAGACACUCGGCCAAGCACCUGUUUUGUAGAUAAUAUGUUGGAUGGACAUUGCACUCCACCUACUUUAGACAGUUUGAACCAGUGUUUAAGUACUCAAGCAGAGCGUGCUAGUGCCACACCAAGACGCAAAUCAGUUUGGGGCGACCAAAAAGAUGAUCUGUUCACCUUGAUAAACCUGAGCUCAGUGUUGUGCAAUAUUAAAGCUAGUGACUGUGCGGAGAUGUUUGUGAAGGAGCAAGGGGAUAUGUUGGUUGACGCCGUCUUGUUGAUCCUUCACAGUCUCAAGGAUCACUUCUCCCGCCUAGUGUCUCCUUCUACUGUGAAACAAUACUUGGUAGCUGAGAACAUCUCAGAGCUGAUGGAGCUGAUGGCUGAUUGUAACGAACUGUCCCUGUGGUUAAACCUCUACAAUAUAGACCCUCUGUUGCCGGGGGAGAUUGCGCUUAAAUCAGCACUCUUACUUGAAGCUCAUGCCAAGAAUAUGAAGACAUCAUUAUUCGGGCAUCGUUCUGGUCCCGACAAACUAUCAAAGGUCCAAACCACUCUAACAAACGCGCUAACAACACUGCGUAACAGCGUGUCAGCGCUGGAGGAGGUGCGAAAUGUCAAGGAGAUUGCGCUCACUGCUACCUGUGACCCGCUCAUGCUGGUUGUGGAUCCUUCGCUCAGCAGGAAAACUGAAGGAGACGUGGCACACAAUAUAACAGUAGCUGAUCUCCAACUUGAAAUGUUAGCAGUAAAUCUACGAUUACAACAGCAACUUCACAAAGCAGAGAAAAGCGAAUCUAAAGUAGUAGAGUGGUGUAAAAAAAAUACGCUCUUCCUUGCAAUAACUCGGAUGCAGUUAGCUACCAUUGAAACAAAAGCAGCUGAGAAACACCUACGGGACAGCUACGAUCUUCUGCUCAAGUCUUGGUCUGAAGAAAAACGGCUAGACACCUCGCUUCAAGGAACUGAACAACAAGGAUCAGUCCCUAACCCUCCAAUACUAACCUCUAGAACUAGCACUACCAUGACAUUCAAACCUGCUCCUUAUACAGCUCCUAAAGGGGUCAAGGUAAAGUGGUACAGACUAUACGGGAGGUCCUCCUCUGGGAGCAACAUAAAAGUGCGAAUGAACGACAAGCUGUACCCAGGACUAGCAAUGGAGGUAGCAGCAGUAGAGGGAAACGAACUGACUGUCUCUAACCUCACUCCCUACGAGAAAUACCAGUUUGCUGUGGCUGCUUUUGACGAGCAUGGCAAGCUGAUAGCUGGGAGUAUCGGGCAUAGUAGCAAACCUAUACUGGCUUCUCCUCCUUUCAGCCAUCUUACUGCUUGUGGGCAUCUCAUUCAGGUGAGCUAUACUGGCCUCUCCUCCGUUCAGCCAUCUUACUGCUUGUGGGCAUCUCAUUCAGGUGAGCUAUACUGGCCUCUCCUCCGUUCAGCCAUCUUACUGCUUGUGGGCAUCUCAUUCAGGUGA